CUUAGCCAUAUACGUAAGAUUUAAAAUAGUUCGGUAAAGUGUAAAAUGAGAUAUCGGACACAGUAAUUUUCAUAUAAUAUCAAAUAAAUAAAUUUACUCGUGUAUUAUUAAAGAAAUUGGGAAAUAUUCGAUUAAAUGGCUUACUUGUCGCAGUUGGCUUCCUACACGUUACAAAAUAUUCGACAAACUUUGUCAUACGAUAGUGGGUUAGGAACAGUAUGUGUCAGAUACGCUGCGAAGAAAGCAAGUACCAGCACCAGGAACAAACCUUUAAACAUUAGGCCAAAACAUAGGGGAUGGAAAGUACAAGAUGGACAUUUCGUAAAUGCAGGCCAUAAGUUAGUCUUACAAUUAACUUGCAGGUUUCAUCCAGGUCUUCAUGUUGGCUUUGGGUCAGAUCGGACUUUAUAUGCUCUUGAAUCUGGAAAAGUGAUGGUAACUUGUGAAAAAAUCAACCCUAAUUUAGGGAAUUACUGGGUUAGGAAAAGUUAUGCUGGUCGUGAGAACAGUGUUAUAUAUAAGAAGCACUUCAAUAUUAUUCCCGAACCACAACAUAACCGAUUUAUGUUGAUAAACACAAUAUAAAUAAUUAUAAAUAUGUGUAGAAAAAACAAACUUAAACCAUGAUGAUUGUAUAAUGAAUAUAUUAUUAAUCACACUUUGUUAUCAGAAAUUAUA